CGAGCACCUGGGCCGGCCGGAGCCCCCCGGCCCCCCGGCCGAGGGCAGGACCUUCCGCAGCAGCAAGAGCAAGCUCAAGAGGAAGUUUAGCCUUGGGUCAGCAGAGAGAAAAGAAGCUCAACAGAAGAAGUCUGAGUCAGGCAUCUCCAGGUUGACCCAGCGUCUGGCCCUCAGAGAUCGGCAGGCCAAGCCGGAGAGGACAGUCACCUACAGGAGGCGCUCUCUCAGUCUGGACUGGGCCGACUAUCCCAGAAUGAGCCAGCAGAUGCGCGAGGCGGCUCUGAGCAGGAAGCCCGCCUGCCUCUCCUCGCCCAGCGCCGCUCGCCGGCUCUACCGAAACCUUUCCGGAAAGUUCCGCGUGGGUCAGAUGGGGCUGGAGGAGCGGGUGCUCUCCGGGCGCGGGGACAAGGCCGCCGUGUUCCAGAGCAGCGAGGCCUUGUUUGAGGCAGUGGAACACCAGGAGCUGGACCUGGUUCACCUCCUGCUUUCCCAGUACAGCCUGGAGGAGCUGGACCUCAACACGCCCAACAGCGAGGGCCUGCUACCUCUGGACAUCGCCAUCAUGACCAACAACGUCCCCAUGGCCAAGCUGCUGCUGCAGGCUGGAGCCAAGGAGAGCCCUCACUUUGUGAGUCUGGAGGGGCGGGCGGGGCACCUGGAGACCCUCCUGCGGGAGGCGGAGCAGCGCGUGACGGAGCUGCAGACGCAGGCGGCCGGAGAGGCGCAGGGGUCACGGGACGCUUCGCACCGCGAGAGGCAGCUCAAGGCCUGGGAGUGGCGCCAGCGGCUCUUCAAGCGCAUGAAGACGGGCUUCGAGCACGCCAGUCCUCCUGACGCUCCCAGCAACGUGCGGCUGUGCGUCAGCAGCAGCUACAGCCUGCGGGUCACCUUCCAGGAGCCGGUCAGCGUCAACUCGGCCGUGGUGACCAAGUACAAGGUGAGCUGGAGCCUCGUCCCCUCGCUGUGCCCCCUCCAUGGAGAGCUGGUGCUGGAGGACUCCAGCGCCCAACAGUGCGCUAUCACAGGGCUCAGCCCGGGGGUCCAUUAUUACGUGCAGGUUUCAGCAUACAACAUGAAGGGCUGGGGGCCCCCCCAACCGGCUGUUCCUGCCUGUGCUGCCCCCUCCUGCUGGAGGGACAUCGAGAGGCGUGCGCCGCGGCUAAGGGGUCAGAAAGAGGUGCUGGACCAGCUGCUGGGCCAGAUCAAGGAGGCUCACCAACACUGCGCCUGUCACGAGCCGUGCAAAACACAGCCGCACGUCAGAAAACACUCUGUUUCCAAAAGCCUCCGACACCUCUUUCAGCCCACCAACAAGUUUGUAAAAAACUUGAAAAGGGGCCUGUACCUGACCUCCGUAUUCUACAGAGAGGACAAGAUCUUCGUCACGUCAGAGGACCAGAUACCCAUCGUGGAGAUCGAGGACUGCUACUCCAGCUCCCUAAUGCAGGACUUCCUCUGGUUCACCAAGGUGUCCUACCUGUGGGAGGAGAUCCCAUGGCUCCUGCAGUUGCUCAGCCCCUCCCAGUCGUCCUGCUCCUGUAGCCUGCAGACGCACCUCAAGAUGCUGCAAGCUGUGUCCCAGCUCCAGAGCAUGCUGGGAACUCAGGACCUGGGGCGGGUGUACUACGAGCCAAUCAAAGACAAGCACGGCAACGUGCUGCUGGUGACGCUGCUGGACCUGAACUCUGGGCCCUGCCCGGACGGCAUGCGCUGGACCCCUCUCUGCAAACUGCAGCACCAGCGCCGCCCCUCUGUCUCCACCUGCGAGGAGCCCACCGCCCUGGACAUACUGCUCAGCUCACUGCAGGAGAAGCUGUCGUACCAUCGGUGUAGCAGGAAUAUUCUUCCCCCAGGGCUGUACCUGGGUUAUCUGAAGCUAUGCAGCUCUGUGGAUCAGAUCCGAGUCCUUGUGCCCCAGAAACUGCCCAACAUGCUCUGUCACGUCAAGGUCCGGGACAACAGUAACGUCUCCAGGGAGGAGUGGCAGUGGCUCCAGGCCCUCAGCUGUCUGGAGGAGUCCUUAGAGAUGGACCAGGACAUCCAGAGCGGCGUGCAUCACUUCCUGCAGGACCUGCGCAGGGCAUGCUGGGAGCUCAUGGCCCAACUCAACAUACCGGCCGGCCAGGCUCAGGACUUUAGGAUCUACAGCCAGGAGGUGCUGGAGUUUGGUGACCGGGUCUGCUUCUUGCUCCUGCUGCCCCCGUCGGAUGACGUGUGCACUGCCCCAGGACAACACAGCCCCGUCUCCCCCCAGCCUGGGUUCCUCACCCUCCCUCUACAGAUCUUUGAGCUGGUUCACUUCCAGGCCUAUCACCAGAGCUUCACGGCGCAGUACUGCCGCGUGUCGGCCCUGCUGGAGCUGGAGGCCCUGCUAUCCCAGCAGACCUUGCGAGAGGCCUUCUCCGAAUCGGAGGUGCAGACCGCCAAACAGAAACACCAGCAAGUCCAGCAGCACCUGCAGCAAAUGGAGGAAGCUUGGCGGGAAGUCCGCUGGAUCAUGGACGCCCUGCAGCUCGCGCGCUACAAGCAGCCGACAGGGGGCGUCUCGCUCUGCUGGAUCAUCGACUUCUCCCAGGACGCGGCUCCACAGCCGCCCCCCUCCCUCUCCUCUCUGAUGGACUUCCUGCCCUCCCCUCUCCCCUCGCCCCUCCCCUCCCCCUUGGCUGGCCGCAAACACAACUACGAUUCGCCCGGGCUCUCGGACGAAGACGUGUUCCUCCCGACGGACAGCGACUACGACUCCAGCCGCACCCAGAGCCCGCGCGAGCUGGACCUGCUCCCCGCCUCACCCUGCUCCCCCAGGGGGGGCUACGUCCGCGGGGCGGGGCGCGGGGGGGGGUGUCUGAGGGGCCCGGCCCCGGACGUCCUGCGCACCUCGGAGCCCGGGGCCGAGGGACAGGCGGACUUCGUCCUGCCGAGUCGGCAGAUUGAGCUCCUGCGGAUCACGGAGAAGAGGCAGGCCCUCUGUGUGCGUACGGGCAGCCUGGAGCUCCCCCCUUCGCCCCGCCGCCUGGGGCAGCGUCUCCUCCCCCACCCGCCCCCCCCUGCCCGCUCCCUCUCUGAGGACAGCGGCUCACGCCUGGUCUCCACGGCGACGUCGGCCGCCUUCACCGCCGGGCCCUGCUACACCACGCUGAAGGUCUACCCGGAGUACCGCACGGGGCUGCCCACGGAGACCAGCGUCAAGCUGCGGGUGACGCAGCAGACCUCGGCACGGGAGAUGGUGGGGUUGGUGGUGCAGGAGAUGAGUGAGGUGUCUCGGAGGCUGGGACAGCCCGAGCGCUUCGUGUACGGGACGGAGCAGCUGGAGCGCUUCGGGCUGGUGCUGAUCCUGGAGGACAGCGAGGAGUGGCUCCGGGACGAGGCACGGCCCCUGGACCUGCAGAACCCGUGGGCCCGGGGCCGCCUGUGUGUCCGAGAGCGCCCGGCCCUCGGCCCCCGCUUCGGCCUCGCCACCACCGUCUGA